UCAUGAAAUAUUUAAAUAAGUCCAAAAUAUAUUCGGGAAAAUAAAUCUAAUGCUUUAAAAUGGCGGAAAUAACGUUUUUGUACUUUGUAACCAGGAAGUGUGCGCUGUUUUCACACGGACCUUUUAUUUGGUAACACUCAGGCUCUGAAGGAGGGAAACAAAAAUGUCUAGGGCGAAAUCGUUCCACGUGCUGUGCAUGGAUGUUGGAUUCUCCAUGUCCAACUCUGCACCGGGUGAAGACUCACCAUUUGACAUGGCCAAACAAGUCAUUCAGAAGUUUGUCCAGCGUCGGGUUUUUGCUGAGGCUAAGGAUGAACUGGCUUUGGUUCUGUUUGGCACAGACUCCACCAAGAACCCGCUGGCUCAAGAUGGCCAGUACCAGAAUAUCACUGUGCACCGCAACCUAAUGGUACCUGACUUUGAUCUCUUGGAGGAGAUUGAGAAUCAAGUCUGCCCGGAGAAUCAACAGGCUGAUUGGUUGGAUGCUCUUGUGGUCUGCAUGGAUAUUCUUCAAACAGGAAUAGAGGGAAAACGUUAUGAUCAACUCAAUAUUUACCUUCUGAGUGACCUCAGUGCUGAAGCAGACUCUGAACAGCUGGAUGUCAUCGUUGAAAACCUGAAGAAGGCGGACAUUACGUUGCAGUUCUUUUUACCCUUCCCUGCUGAAGAUGACUCAAAGGACGAAGCUGGUGAUGCGAGCAGGCGAGGCCCCGGUGGACCAAGUUCGGGGAAAGGGCUGUCCAGAGAACAGAAGACUGGACUAGACAUGGUUAAACACAUCAUGCUCAGUCUGGAUGAGGAGGAGGGCCUCGAUCAGAUUUAUACAUUCAGGAAUGCUAUCGAGGAGCUUUGUAUGUUCAAGAAAAUUGAGAGAAAACCCAUGCCUUGGCCCUGUCAGCUAACCAUCGGCAGCGCGCUGUCCAUCCGCAUUGUCGGCUACAAAGCGGUGACGGAGGAGAAGCUAAAGAAAACAUGGAUCACAGUGGAGGCGCAAAGCAACCAGAAAGACCAUGUGAAGAAAGAGACAGUUUUCUGUCUAGACGAUGAUGACGAGACGGAGGUGCCGAAGGACGACAUCAUUCAAGGUUUUAGCUACGGGAGUGACAUUGUUCCCUUUUCAAAAGUGGAUCAAGAGCAAAUGAAAUACAAACAUGAUGGGAAGUGCUUUGCUGUGUUAGGAUUUACCAACCAAAACAUGGUUCCUCGCCACUCAUUCAUGGGAACUCAGGCCAUCAAGAUCUUUGCUCCAGCCGACGAUGAGCACGCAGGAGUAGCGCUGUCCGCUCUUGUCCGGGCGCUGGACGAGCUGAAAAUGGUGGCCAUUGUUCGCUACGCUUAUGAUCGGCGGUGCAACCCUCAAAUAGGAGCAGCUUUCCCGUGCAUCAAGCUGAACUAUGAGUGUCUCAUUUAUGUUCAGCUGCCCUUCAUGGAAGACCUCCGACACUUCACUUAUGCUUCUCUGAACAGCAAGAAAUUUAGCCCCUCAGAGACACAGCUGCAGGCUGUCGACUCCCUAAUUGACUCAAUGAUGUUGGUGGAAAAAGAUGAAGAUGGAGACUUCAAGGACUUGGUCAAAGUCCACCACAUUCCCAAUCCAGCGUACCAGAGGCUUUUUCAGUGCUUGCAUCAUCGAGCGGUCAAGCCCGGCACGGAACUCCCGCCAAUGGAACCCUGGCUGGUGGCUGUACUGGACCGCCCGGAUGUCAUUAAGGAGCGUUGUCAAGCGCCACUUGAGCAGGUGAAGAAAAGAUUUCCCCUCAAAGUGGUGGAGAAGAAGAAGCCAUUGAAGACAAGCGCUCAGAUCUUUGGGAAAGACUCUGAGCAGCCGGAUGCCAAGAAGGCAAAGGGAGAUGCAGAGGAGGAGGAGGAGUAUAAUCUAGCUGACAUUUCUGAAGGCUCUGUUACUUCAGUCGGAAGCUUUGAUCCCGGCCGUGACUUUUGCCUCCUGAUCAAACAAAAAACACUUACAUUCCAAGAAGCGUGCGAGCAGCUGACUCGCCGGAUAGAACAGUUGCUAGGCAACAAGAACACGCAGUACUACAUGAAAAGCAUCACCUGUAUCCAAGCCUUCCGAGAACAGUCUGUAAAGUUGGGGAAGGCUGAUCUGUACAAUAGCUACCUCCAGUCACUGAAAGGAAACACCGCAAACAGGGGGCUUGAAGCCUUCUGGGACCUUCUGGUUCAAGGCUCCAUAUCUCUUAUCAGCCAGGACGAAGUGGAGGGAAGCUCAGUGUCCAAAACUGAAGCCGCUCAGUUUCUGCGGCCCGAUGAGAAAAAAGACGAGCCAGUCGCAUCAGUGGCAGAUGAUGAUGGUGAUGUUGACGACUUGCUGGACGACAUGUAAGAAAGAAGGCGAUGGGAACGUUUGCAGGAAAAAUGCGAAAUAUGCCUCUUCGGGUCCAUCUGUCCUUUGUUCUGCCUCCCACAUGGAAACCACUGGGUACUCAGGAGGAAUAUUGCACGGAAGACAACCUUAACCCAACUGUUAUCUUUUGUGUGGGGGUCUUACAAGCGCAGCUGGGACUUGACGAAAGGCAGGACACUGUUAUGUUUAUCUGUAAAUCUGAUUUAUUGUGUGUAUAAAGCAUUUAUGGUUGCUAUAGUUACAUACUGUACAACUGGUGGUAUGUUUGAAUGAUAGCUCAAUUAACAUCAGUAGCACCAACACUAGUUUUUUGUCUCGAGUGUCCCCCCCGCAUUGGCUGCCAUUGAUGACGAUAAAAGUCCAAUCCAUUUCAACUGGGAGAGGUUGGAAGCCAUCAUUUGCUGCCAGGCUCCCAGUUCAAAUUGAUUAGACAGCCAUUGCCGCCAAUGGUAGUGAAUGAUGUAAAAGGACAGAGAACACCUAAUAUAAAAAUACUAGGGCUGUAAAACGAUUAAAAUUUUUAAUCGAGUUAAUUACAGCUUAAAAAUUAAUUAAUCGUAAUUAAUCGCAAUUAAUCGCAAUUCAAACCAUCUAUAAAAUAUGCCAUAUUUUUCUGUAAAUUAUUGUUGGAAUGGAAAGAUAAGACAAGAUGGAUAUAUACAUUCAACAUACGGUACAUAAGGACUGUAUUUGUUUAUUAUAACAAUAAAUCAACAAGAUGGCAUUAACAUUAUUAACAUUCUGUUAAAGUGAUCCAUGGAUAGAAAGACUUGUUCUUAAAAGAUGAAUAUUAGUACAAGUUAUAGAAAUGUUAUAUUAAAACGCCUCCUAAUGUUUUCGUUUUAAUAAAUUUUGUAAAAUUUUCAAUCAAAAAAUAAACUAGUAGCCCUAUUCUGUCCUCAAUGUGUGUGAGUACACAAAUUGACAGAUAGCGAACAUAAGUUCCAAAAAGAAAUCAGACGGUGUGGCAAAGUUGCAUGGGCUUUACUGAAGUCAUCUCUUUUUGACAGGAGCACGUUUCUUGUAUUUUUGUAAAACUGAAAAUAAAUCACAAAAUAACAUAAAAUGUACACACACGUGUCCAUUUGAGCAGUAGCACUAGCCAAUUAGCUCACAAGCAUCUAACAAUGUAACUGCAUUUCACCAUAUAUGUGAACAAAUUCAAAUACACAUCAUCAAUAACUAUCUAAUGCUCAUGAAUAUAAGCAAAGGAGGAAUAUAACUCACAAGCGAUGCAUGUAUUAGACACAAACAGUGUGAUGGGGCUAUGAGAACUGCCACUGAAUACAGUACUGGAUGCGGACGUUAGCUGGUCUGAAUAGCACUGUCUAUUAGUGUGAGUUCGCGUCGACAUAUAAUCACGUCAGAAAAGCGCGCCGAACCCCAAAUAAUCAGCUGCACUGAAUCGCCAGCAGAGGGCGACAGUACGCCACAUAACAUAUGCAAGUCACACCCAAUCGCCAGCAGAGGGCGGAAAAACUCCAUAAAACACAAUUCACAAGUUGGCCUUUCACUGUACUGACAUUUAAAUCUGUCUGAGCGGGCCUAGUGCGUUAAUUGCGUCAAAUAUUUUAACGUGAUUAAUUUAAAAAAUGAAUUAACGCCCGUUAACGCGAUAAUUUUGACAGCCCUAAAAAAUACCUUAAUUUAAAAGAGGGUUGCUCAAAUUAUUUAAGUAUGCAAAUGGUGAAUUUCUUAAGAUCUGUGAUAAUGGAGGAAAUCAUGUUUAAAUGAAGGCUGGGCAAAUUAACUACCGUGGUUAACUCAGAAAUUAACACCGUUAAUUAUUUGAUUCGCACAUUAGAACAUCAGAGCCACCAAAUAAAAAGUUGAGCCUUUUGUGUGCUUCAUUGGAGUUUGUAUUCUGAACAGAUGUAACUCAGAAAAGCAUGCCUCGAAACAGCAAAACCCAGCAGCAGGUCGGAGUUUUGUCCAGGUGGAACAAACAUGUAGGAUCAUUUUGUGUGUGCUGCUUGUGUUUACUAGCGUUACAAGAUCAUUGCAACUUCAUUUACCAAGACGCCAUAUAGCGACGUUACCCCUAGGUGAGCCAUAGAAAAAGAAGAGGUAAGUUGGGACAGAUUUGGGUGUGACUUUUUUUUUUAAAUUGGUUUGUGUAUAUGACAAUGCGAUUAUUUGCAGUUAAUCGAAAAACUUUCAUCCUAUUCACCACGCGAAAAAAAAAAACUGUUGCCCAGCCUUAGUUUAAACAAUGGCACUGCUUAUGAGCGCAGCCAUCUUGUGACAUCAGUUAUACCCAUGCACCCAAAUAAACUGAUUGACUGGCACAGAGUUGCAUAGCACAUUAGGUAUUAUGUCAUGAUGUACUCGCUUUUAUUUAUUUUUUUCAAACAAACAUCAGGAAAAAGAAAUUCUGAGUGUGUCCCCCCCAGUCACU